ACAUGUCAAAGUGUACUAACUUCAAUUCACCAUAUAUAUGGAAGUUUCAGAUAGUUGUCGAAAAUUCAGAAAGAAAAAGAAAUUGGUCAUGUCUAACAGGAAAGCGUUUCCUGCGUGGAGCUUUAUCGGCGACAUUUGCUUGUGUCGCCAUAAUCCGUCAUCAGAAAAGAUGAGGAUUCUUGAAUUGUCACACUCUAGUGGCAACGGUUCUACUUCUUCCUCAGAUGAAAAAUCUCAGGAUGCAGAUUAUUUUGAUUACAAGAUUCCAUGUCUAAGCGAUGAGCUUGAGACCUUGAUUCUUGCAAGAUUACCGAUAACAGAACACUGGAAGUUGUGUUGUCUGAACAAGCAGUUCCUCUCAUUCCUAAAAACCGGUGAAGUCUUCAGAAUCCGGCGAGAGAUCGGGUUGAAGGAACCGGUUGUUUUCAUCGCGAGCGAUGAAAGCAACUGGUGGUCCUUCAACUCCAGAUUUACCUCCUUCAAGAAGAUUCCAGUGAUUCCAUCAGACUACAGUUUUGACUGUGGCGACAAGGAGUCCUUCGCCGCCGGGACUAAUCUGUUCGUCUCCGGCAAGGAGAUUGACGGCACGGUUGUUUGGGGAUUUGAAUUUGCAACGAACAAAUGGUUCAAGGCGCCUAAAAUGAUUAAUCCGAGGUGCCUUUUCGCCUCGGCGACGAAAGGAAUCUUUGCUUAUAUUGCAGGUGGUUUGGAGACCACAACUUGCCAGGAAGUUCUCAGCUCUGCUGAGAAAUACAACUCCGAGAGCCGGUCCUGGGAUCGGCUCCCGGAGAUGAAACAAAAGAGAAAGUUUUGUUCCGGUUGUUACAUGGACAACCGGUUUUAUGUUCUUGGAGGGCGGGAUGAGUAUGAUAACGAUCUUGUUUCCGGGGAAUUCUUUGAUGAGGGGAAAAAUAUCUGGAUCUUGAUUCCCGGAAUGCUUAAAGACAUUCCUCUUCCGAGUUCCCGGUCGCCGCCUUUGGUGGCGGUUGCGAACAACGAGCUUUACACGCUGGACGCUUGUUCGAAUGAACUGAAGGUGUAUGUGAAGGAAAGUAAUUCAUGGAAAACAUUGGGGCCGGUGCCGGUGAGAGCUGAUACACGAGGAGGAUGGGGUGUGGCGUUUAAGUCUCUGGGGAAUGAGCUCCUUGUUAUUGGUGGUGCUACUUCUUCUUCGCAUUGCGCUUUCACUAUUUACACUUGCUGUCCUGAUCCAAGAAUUGAGAAAUUGAAGUGGACAAGAAUUGUAUGUGGCAGCACAAAUCUGAAUCCUUUUAUUCGCAAUUGUGCUGUCAUGUUAGCUUGAAAGGUUGAAUUUGCUUCAAGAUUCUGAUGCUCUUUGAUCAUUGUUUCUAGGGAAACUAAUGUAAGGAAGUAUAAUAAUUGCUUUAAAAGCCAAAGAAUCAGAUAAUAAGAUUCAACCUUCUAAUUCUAAACC